UUUUUCUUUCUUUCUUCUUCUCUCUCCCAUUUCCUCUUCCUCAUCCUCGGUCGUGUGUGCGUUCUUGUUGACGCCUCCUCGAUACUGCUCCCAACUUCAUUUUCACGAGUACAUGGCCGAAGCAUGAAAGCUGAGAGCUUCCCAACGCGUCUUUGUGUUCAGUGGGAGGCGCGGACGUCACAUGAGCACACUCGACGGAGGCUCAGAAGCAGAAGCAAGCUCCUCGGUCUGCAUAUUAGACCUCUACGCUCCGAAGCAGAACCAGCUACGAAGUGUCGGACCCUUCUCUGCUCAGAACCCGUCAAGAAGCGUGAGAGCGAAAGGAGCGCCCGAGUCCAGCGAGCACACGAGUGUCGUGUUGUAAAAAGAGGAAGUGGAUCCGAAGGCGGCGUCAAAACGAGGAAGUGUGAGGUUCUGCCAGGUGGACACGAUGGACGCGACCCGGCCCGCGGGCCCGGCGGGAAGCUUCCCCAGCCUCACCUGAACGACCCGGCGGGAACCGGGCCGGCGCGACCCGCGUCCUCGGCGAAGAUGCGAGUGAGCCGCUCCGACGUUCUGCUGGGCUGCGUGCUCCUUUGCUCCGCCUCCCUGCUCUACCUGGGCCUGAGCGGGCUGGACUGCCCCCCCGAAAGCCAGCGCUCCCGCUGGGCCGAGCUCCGCCGGGCCGCCUCGGCCGAUCCCAACGCCUCGCUGAGCGAGCGCCUUCCCGAGGACACGCCCCUCAUCUUCAUCGGCGGCUUCCCCCGCAGCGGCACCACCCUGAUGCGGGUCAUGCUGGACGCUCACCGGGCCGUGCGCUGCGGCGAGGAGACCCGCGUCAUCCCCAGACUGCUCACCAUGCGCGCCUCCUGGAGCCGCUCCGUCAAGGAGCGCAUCCGACUGGACGAGGCCGGCGUCACCGACCGGGUCCUGGACUCGGCCGUGCGCGCCUUCCUCUUGGAGGUGAUCGUGGGCCACGGCGAGCCGGCCCCCCGUCUGUGCAACAAGGACCCUUUCGCCUUGAAGUCGCUCACGUACUUGGCGCACAUCUUCCCCAAGAGCAAGUUCGUGUUGAUGGUGCGAGACGGACGCGCCUCCAUCCACUCCGUCAUCUCACGCAAGGUGACCAUCUCGGGCUUCGACCUGAACAACCCUCGCGACUGCCUCAGCAAGUGGAGCAACGCGGUAGAGACCAUGUUCAACCAGUGCGUGGCGGCCGGCCCCGAGCGCUGCCUGCCCGUUCGCUACGAGCACCUGGUGCUGCAGCCCGAGCGCGAGAUGAGGAAGCUGCUGCGCUUCCUCGAGCUCCAGUGGGACGCGGCCGUCCUGCACCACGAGGAGCUCAUCGGCAAGGCCGGCGGCGUCUCUCUGUCCAAGGUGGAGCGCUCUACCGACCAGGUGGUGAAGCCGGUGAACACGGACGCGCUGGCCAAGUGGGUGGGCCGCAUCCCCGAAGACGUGGUCGAGCACAUGGCCGAGGUGGCCCCCAUGCUGGCGCGACUCGGCUACGACCCGCGCGCCAACCCGCCCGACUACGCCCGCGCCCCCCCGCUCGCUAAGCCCGCGCUGCCUUGGAAGAUGGCGGAACCUUCCGGACCCGCUUAGACGGCAAAAGAACUUUCUGGACUCGACCUCACAACCGCCCCGCGGAUCCCCGGCGCACCUUCGAGGCGCACUUCUUGUUUCCUAUCGCACCCUUUUCAGUUUUUUCUUCUUGCGGUGGCCGUCUGCGGACUCGUACGCCAGCGGCGCCGAUGUGAACCACACGCUGGAAAUUUUCAAGACGAUUUUCUUAAUAAAUUAUUGCAAAAGACUGACAGACGCCUCCGGGGGCGAGCGGGCGCAUUUCCCGAUGGGCGCCGCUCGUCCAUACGGGAAACGGCCGUGCGGUAGCUGCCAUUACUGUACAGCAUGUCUCCAUGGUUACCAACAAGUCAAUAAACACAAAUGACACAAUAGACAUUGCUUUAUUUAGCGGCUAAUGGUUAGCAUUGGCGGUGUUCCGUGAACGCAGCGCGACCUCUUUCGCUGGCUAGCAGGCGAGCUUGUUGAUGCUCGCCAAAGCAAAACGCGUCGUGGCUCGACUUCGUGCUUCUCGACAAACAGAAGUUUUCUUCACUUGAAUCACUUACGAGCUUUUAUGUCGAGCCAAUCUCUUGACAUCAGUUGGCUAAUGCUGCUGUUGUGUACUAAAAUAUUUGCUUGUCCUUAUUUUAUCAUGAUUUCAAAUUCAAUUUAUUCAAACUAUACAGUGAACCUCCACAUAU